GGAGUGAUAUCAUCAAGUGUUGACUAGGAGACCUCCAUCAUGCCAGUGGCAGUGCCCAGGAGAUCCUCCUCUAAUGUUCAACACAAGACAAACCAUUUUGGGAUUGAGGUGGUCAAAGGGUUGACUUGGAAAGGUUGGGAGCCAGGUGGUGAAUACACCAAGAAUGUCAUCUUAAAGAAUGUACAGGUCAAGACACAGAAAUUGAAAUUCAGCUCUCCAAACACCAGAUUCUUUUCCACCCUCUACCCUGAGCCUAUAGUGCUGAGUGCAGGGACCAGUUACAGUCUACCUGUUACAUUCAGACCCCUUGAGAAGAACAUCUAUGUGGAUAAGAUUGAAUUCCAAGCACAGGAUGGAGUAUUUCAGGUACCCAUGCAAGCUGUGCUUCCAAAGCAUGAACUCUCCCUACCCAACCAUCUUAACUUUGGCAUGUGUGCCACAAAGGACUUCACCAAACUGACAUUUGAGCUCUCAAACACAAGUGAACUAGUUACAAAUUAUGCUUGGUCCGUGAGCUUACCUUUUGUGUUGGAGCCAUCAACGGGAACACUGGAACCCAAAUCAAAAUGUACCAUCACAACAACAUUCAAACCCACCUCUGCUGUCGUGUAUGAGACAGUCGCUGAAGUGCAUUAUGGGUCGGAUUCCCUGUCUUGUAAGAAGACGCUCAAGUUGGAAGGAAUCGGCAAGCUACCUCACUUGUUAGUGGCCCAGGCUGGCCGUCAUCCACGAGCCAUGGAGAACCUGAAUAUUGAGAGUGUGGUGUCAUUUGGUGAUGUAUCUAUUGGUUCUACUGCAGAGAAGUGGAUUGAGUUACAUAAUCUUGCUCCGGUUAAUUCUCCUUUCACUGUUGACCAUCCCACUGCUACAACAAGAAUUGACACUGUGUUUUCCUGUCAGCAAAAAUCGGGAACAGUCCCUCCGGAGAGCAUCAGCAGGAUACCCGUAAGCUUUACUCCAAACACAGUCAAUGAGGAAAGUGUGGACUACCUUCAUAUCCAAGCUAUUGGUAAAGUCAGCAAAACCAUUGUCAAACUCCAUGGUAGAUGCAAAGGGCCUGUGGUAUCACUUGGUUCACAAGUGCUGAAUUUUGGUCUACUAAAUCUUGGUGACUCCGCAACAAGGACUCUGGAUAUCAUCAACCAGUCUGAUGUAGCAGCUUAUUAUCAGUUUAUGAUAGACGGUGAGCAGAGUGUGUUUGAGUUGAGUGUCCAGUGUGGUAAGGUAGAACCACAUACCACUCAAACCCUGAUCAUCACAUUCACACCUUCCUAUCCAAUCAACCAUUACAGGAGAGUUACAUGCCUUGUACAGAAUCAGGAUCCAUUGUUUAUAGACAUGAUUGGUACCUGUCAUACAGAGUUAUGUAAACCAGCUGUUCUUCAACCCAUCCAUCUUACCAGGUAUCAUCAGCAUGUGGCUGGUGGAUUCUCACUCUUCCCUCCUGAGCAUUUGAAUGAGAUGGUGAAGGAUGGAAAGCUUGCAUUGGAUUCUAAUCGUUGCCUGACACACCCUUCGGCUGAAGCUGUGGAUGAUCUUGUACAGAAACCUAUACCCCUCCCUCCCAUGAAGGAGUAUUUUGAUGAUGGCAGACAUGGGGAAUAUACACAACCUGUACAUGUGACCAUCGAUACCACCCAUGUUGACUUUGGGAACGUGCAGGACCUCCGCCGCCCUCUUCAGAAGACCCUCAAUGUCACAAACCACACCAAGGGAAAGAUCACGGUCACCUGGAUGGGGGAUGAAAACCACAUCUAUUCUAUCACACCGGUAUCAUCUGAUAUCCCACCCCUCAAGAUGACAUCCUUCAGAGUGACAUUCAAACCGAAUGCUCCUAAUCAGUUUUUUGGUGCGGAAUUAGAAGGCUAUGCAUUUUACAAGAGCAUGAGAGACUACAGGCUUGUUCAAGAUGAGACGUUCUGUCCACCAUGGUGUCUGACUGUCGCUGCGGUUGGUCAGACAUUCCAACCAAACAACGAGACCUUCCUGCCACGCUACACACUGGACACCAAGAAACUGGUUUUCCCUGCUGUUGAUAUUGGAGAUUCCAUCUACAAGACCAUGUUGCUUAGCAACGCAGGGACAACACCCAUCCAUUUCACCAUUCCAGAUGACCCAUCAGGAACAUUCAAAGUCAAGCCAUCGUCCGGCUUGCUCAGGGACAAGCACCAGCUCUUUGUCUUCAAGGUCAUACCAAAGGUCAAGGACAAGACCCUAAGACAUCAAUUCCGCUGCAGGCUCAAUAAUUCAGACAAGCACAUCCAGGAAAUUGACUGUCUUGGUUCAUCAGAACAACCAAGGGUAUUGCUUGAUACUGAGGGUGUUUUGUACUUCAAGAGUACGUGCAUUGGUACAUCAUCACGGAGGAGUUAUAAGGUCAAGAAUACUUCUCGGAUUGCUCUCAAGUAUCAAUGGAAGGUACCCCACGCCCAGAAGGAUCGCCUCUCCGUGUAUCCAAUCACCGGUAUCAUACUGCCCAAUGAAACACAGUCCCAUGUAUGGACUUUCACGCCCAGUGAGGAAAUCAAGUACGUGAUCAAGCCAUCUAUGUAUGUUGAAGACAUCAAUCACAUUGGGGAUCUGACAAGACGGAAAGCAUUCUUGCUUAGAGUUCUUGGAGAAGGAUCUAUUGGCAGAAUCAAGUGUGAAGAUCCAGUGGUGGACCUGUCAGAUGUGGUAGUCAACACAGCUGUUACCAGAGACAUUGUCCUUCAUAACAAAAGCAACUGCAGCCUCCACUAUGAGCUUAGUGUGGAACAAACUAUGCAGGGUAGCUAUGCAGAAGAGGCACAGCAAACAGAUGAUCUUGCACUCACACUCGACAGAACAAGGGACAUCCUUCCUGCGCGAUCAAGGCGUGUCAUCAGGGCAACCAUCCGCCCCGAGAGACGCCUUGGCUACACCUUCUUCGUCGGUUACCGUCUCCUCACGCCAUCCAUCCCAAACCUGGAAAGAACACAGAAGAAGGAUGAAGAAAAUGAGGGGAAGGAAGAUGAGAAGAAGGAUGGAGAGAAGAAGGAAGAAGAGGCAAAGAGUGUUUCUGAGAGCGAGGAGGGUCCGUUGGUUCCUGUCAGUGACACAGUGCAUCAGCUUUGUGAGAUGACAGCAGUAGGUGUGUACCCCACCCUCCAGAUCACUGAUGCCCGCUGCUAUGGCAGUGCUGCUGGGAUAAGCAAGGCAAGACUCUGGAGUCUUUUGUCGCUAGACAACUUGAACUCUUGUCUGGACUCGGAUCCCUCUCCUGUAGAGCUCAUCUUCUCUCGUGUUACAAAGCACAACAUGCGUCGUAAGGCAGUGGUGUUAACACAAGCACUGCUUGAUUUCAACUUCAGUGCUUCACCGGUAGGAGCUGAGCCUUGCAUUGUUCAUCUCAUGUUGGAAAACACAGGCACAGUCAAUGCAGACUGGGCUUACCUGUUUCCAACUGAUCUCCAACUGGAGAUGGAAUACUGGGCAGAGACUGGAGAAUUUGAUCAUGAUGAACUUCAUGAGAUGAGGAUCAUGGAUAACAAGUUGUUUACUGUAGAGCCAAGCAGCGGAUCCUUGAUGCCUGGUCAAUGCCAGACCGUCACCCUGACCUACUGCCAUGAGUUUGCAGGAACAGACAGACUUCCUGUCCUAUUCAAGAUCAUGAGAGGCAGAGAAGUUUUGCUUAACUUCACGGGUGUGACAGUGAGCCAGGACAGGCGCUACGUCCACUUCCCCAGCAACAAGCACAUGUUCUCCCCCGUGCCUAUAGGGGGCGUCAUCAACCCUAAGCAGGUCUAUGAGCUGUAUAAUGGAGGUGGUAUGGAAGUCAUGUAUCAGUUGGACCUCACUGCUCUGGAGCAAAUCCAAGAGGAAAACUUCAAUCACAGGAUCUUUGAUUGCCUAAAUCCAAAGGGUGUAAUCCCAGCUGGUAGAACAGCCAAAGUGGAAUGGAUCUUCUCCCCACUGGAAGCUAAGACAUAUAUGGUUGACGUCCCUAUCCACAUCAUCGGCGGUGACACCGCCCUGAUCACCUUCACUGGUGUAGGCUAUGACAAGCGCAACCUGGGCACCACCAUGCCCAUGACCGAUGGCACAGAACUCACCGGCGUUCCCUCCGUCCAGAGCAUCCCUCUCAAGGAACAGCUCCUGUAUGCCAGCGAGGAGAGAGUGGCCUUUGAGAAUCUUCCACUGUUCAGCGAGCAGCGCAAGGUUGUGUACCUGACCAACCGAUCACCAAGCCAUACCGUGUCCUUUGAGUGGUACGUCACAUCUGAAGAUGAUUCACAGGUGUUGGACAUCCAGCCACCCCAAGGAACCCUUCAUCCAGGAGAAGGAUGUAUGUGUAAGGUAGUCUUCACAGCUAUAGGAGAACCUUCAUUCUAUGACCUGGAUGUCAUCUGUGAGGUUGCUGACGAGACAAUCAUGGCUGAAUACAGGAAGGAGCUUGAAGACUGGGAGGCAGAGAAAGAGAGACAAAAAUAUGAGUUCACCAUCACUGAGUUUAGAGACGACACUGAGACAGAUGGAAGCAGUGCAGGCCCUGAAGGCAGGAAACGUUUCAAGCGGGAAAGCACUAAUUCACCAGUCCCUCCUGAGGAAUUCAAGCGCUACCAGACCUUGCCACCAAUUAAAAAUGUCUUGAAUGAGAAAGAACUUGAAGAGAAACAUGCCCGUGAACAUUCUGCAAAAGAUGGAAGUAAGCUAUGGCCCAAACCUGAGAAACCGGACACGUUUGUGAUGCACCUCGGGGUAACAGCAAGAACUCACACCAUUGCUGAAUUCCAGAGCAACUUCCCCAAUGAGGUCCAGAAAUUCUUCAUCGACAGGGGUAUGAGUGAGCGAAUGGUGACAAGCGGUAAAGGAAAGCGAUCACAGAGAGAUGAAUCAAUGGAACCUGAAGAUUGUGAUGAGAUGGAGGCUGGAGUUGUUGGUGAGGUCAUGAGCACCAUCGUCAGAGCAUUACUUGAUGAUCAUGAUUUCCACGAGGCCUUGAGGGACAUCCCCAAUGAACCAAUCCCUUACUUCACUCAGUUCGGAGACAGACCACUGUCUCUCUCCCGUAUGGAGGACCUUAAGAUCACCUCUCCUCCUCCAUCACAAGCUCAGCCACAUGAAGCUAUGGAGAGUCCCACUAAGACGGUCCAGAUCGAGAUGGAAAGUAGGGGAGUGCGUACACCAGAGAGCACAGCUUAUGGGGUGCCCAGCAGAACAAUAAUGCGUGAUUCUGUUACUGAGCAACCUCCCUCUGCUCCCACUGGUGAAGAUGUUGGUCUCAUGCCUUCAAGGUCUGUACUCCAAUCAUCCCCUGGCAUCCAUACCGAGUAUGACUAUCAGAUGAGCUUGCGUGAGGAGAAGGAAAGACUGCAAGAGCAGAAUCUUAAGAGGUUACCAGAAUUUGCUAGCACUGUGGAAACGACUCUUGAGAACACCCUCUUCAACAUCAUGAUGGAGGCAUUCGGAGGAGAAAUCAACAUGACUGCCAGACCCCGCCUAAUAGCCCUACCCCCUCCACGUACCCCACCCACAGCACCAGGUGCCAAACCCAAGCAAGCCUCUGUCAUGGGGACAUGCACCAGACCGGGGUCGGGGAAGACAUCUAAAGGAGAAAGACCCAGCUCGGGAGGAAAGGAGCGGUUGGUUGACACGCCCAAGGUCUCGGUAGAGAUGGUGGGAUCAACAAGAAGAAGGGGGAGCUACACCUCGCAAGUCACUGCAAAGUAAUAGAAGUGCUUUAUUUCUAGAAUUAUUUUGGGUAACAGUGGAGCAUGUACUGAUCUAUACACAUGUUUCAAUGUCUUUCAUAGGAAAGUGUUUGACAGUCAUGACAUCAUUUACCUUGAUCCGUCCUACAAAGCUUUCUCUGUUCAAAUUCCAUCGGAAUAUAGUCAAAUACCUUGAGUUUUAUGAAAAAUAUUCUAAUGUGAUAGGGAAAGAGUUAUAUUUCUAUAUUCAUUAAAUGUGUGUAUAAUUGUUAAUGAAGCAAACUAUACCUUGUACAGAAGGGCAAUGUUUUACUUCAUAAACUGACCAAGUCAUGGUUCUUUGAGAACAAAAAAUUUCAUGAAGGUCCAACAUAUAGGGGGUCGGACGUACAUAUUUUAUAGAAUUGCCCAGAAGUUGAUAUUGUGAUCAAAUUGACAUGACAGAUUAUUAGAAUUUGGUGACCGUGCUGCUUGUGCAUUGUUUAAGAUAUUGACAACAUUUCACUGCAGUGAAUAAUGGAUUUUUUUUUUCUUGUACAAACUAUUUAUUUGAUUGUAUAAUUAUGGGAUUACUUAUGUUUAUGUAUAUAGAUACUUAAAAUCGAAUAACCACCCUACAUGUAUAUACUGUAAAUAUCUAUACAUUGAGUUUUAGAUUUUACAAAUACUAUGACAACCUUGAUUAACUGCAGAGCCCUAUUACCAUGGUAGUUAACAUAAUGGCAAAGUUGCAAGUCCUUUAUGAAACAGGCCCCUAGUUUAACUUGUUUUAAUAAGCCAGUUCAUGGUUCUACUCUACACAUGAUCUUAUACUCUACACAUGAUCUUAUACUCUACACAUGAUCUUAAAGGAGAAUGAAACCAGCUGAAUCCAUAUUAAAGAGAAAAAUCAAAGAAACAUAUUGUUGAAAGUUUGAGGAAGAUUGAAUGAAUAAUAAGAAAGUUAUGAGCAUUUCAAUAUUGAGAUCACUAAUGCCAUGUAGAUCCUCCCAUUGGCAAUGCGACCAAGAUCUGUGAUGUCACACACGUACAACUCCCUCAUUUUUAUAGAGUCUAUCACAAGGUGAGGUGUUCUCUUUAUGAGUGGACAGGUACAGAGGUUUCACAACAUUAUAUCAUUGAUGAAUCGUUUGUCAUAUGAUUAGAAUGAGCAAAAAGAGAUGUUUUGGGGUAUAUUUUCAGCAUCCAAAAGGGGAGAGUUGUUCAUCUGUGACAUCAUAGAUCUUGGUCGCAUUGCCAAUGGGAGGAUCUCCAUAGCAUUAGUGAUCUUGACAUUCAAAUGCUCAUAACUCUUCUAUUGUUUGUCCUAUUUUACUCAAACUUUUGUUGAUCUUAUUCUUUGAUUUUUCUGCUUUCACAAAAGCUAACUUGCUCCAAGAGUUUCAUUCUCCUUUAAGUGAAGGACCAAAUUUCAUCUCUUUUAUUCAAUUUACAUCCACGAGCGACUGGUAUUUCACAAUAUGUCAAAUACUUCAUAUCAAUAAGUGUACUAUUCCACCCAUUCCAAGUUUGAAUGCAUGCAGCACUACUUUGUCUUCUGCACUUUAUCAACCCCCUUUGAAUAUUCAGAAGGGCAAAAAAUACAAUAUUUGAAAGUUCAUGUUUGAUGACGAGUCAUGUCUGUUGCGACAAGAUACUGUGGUAAAAGUCCAAUUUAUCUCUGGUAAAUAUCCUUUUAGUGAUUAACUUGUGGAUUUUAGCUUAUUUUACUUAUUUUCUUUCAAGUUGAUGCACUGAUUAUACUUGGCAUGUUCAGAUUUGAUGAGCCUGGAUAUGUUUAGUGAAAUAGCCUAGAUCUGAAAUAAAGUUUUCUACUUUAGGAGUUUCCCUAGCAACCUGUUUUAUUGUACUUUUGUCCUAAACUAUAUAAUAAUCAUUACAAACCCUGAAUAAAUGAUUCAACUACACAUGA